CUGUCUCUCUAACGGCCUGUCUGUCUCUCUGCCUGUCUGUCUCUCCAGGAGAAGAUGCAGGAUGUGUACUGGCUGCUGUGCGUCUGUAUCCGGACCAUCGAGCACGCCGACGCCACCGGCUCUCUGUUCGCCUUCGCUCCGGAGUUCUACCUCAACGUGGCGAUGAACGCGUACAGCGCCCUGAAGAACUACUUCAGCCCCGCCAACAGCAUGGAGGACCUGCCAGGCUAUGAACAAACUCUGACCCAACUGGCUGCUAUCCUCGCCAAGCACUUUGCUGAUCCACGGAUAGUAGGAACAGGUAACACACACACACAG